UCUACACCAAAUAUUUUAAAAACAUGUCACCGAAACUGAAUGAAAGUUUUGUGAAAGUUUAACCAAGUUAUGAGUAAGUGUUGGUGACGAUCCAAAUUCGGGUGUGAAUUUCAGGGUCAUUUAAAAGGUUCCAGACCUAAAUAUCUCUAAAAUAAUUAAUGGAUCUAAAUAACGCUACCCAGAUUAGUUUGUCAUGUUUCAAUGAUGAUUAUCAUUAUCGUAUUUAAUAAUUAUUUAAAUUAUUUAAAAUUCACAGGAUUUUAUAUCAAGAUGUCUACAGAAAUCACUGAUGAUCACUUCAUAGAGCUGUUGGAAAUUAUUUCGGAAUGGUAUGAAAAGCUUGGAUACACAAAUAUGCUGAAAGUUUUGUACAGAGAUCUGGUUAGAAACAAGUAUGAGUUGAAUAAUGCUACCACAGUAAGAGAAAUAAUGGAUUUGUUGACUAGUUCUGGAAACCUGGCCGCAAAUGAUUUCAAUCUUCUCUAUGAUACCAUAAACAUAACACAGCAAUAUGGCUUGCGAGGAAUGAUCAAACAUGUACUGCCAGCAUCUCAAGAAUUUAAAGAUGUAAUAAUCUCAAAAUUCAAACCUCACAGACUAAAAGUUAUGAAGUUUGGAAUGGUACUGAACAAGAAAGAUUUAAAAAAGAUCAGUGGAUUGUAUAACACACCAGCAAAGGAAUAUGCAGACACAUGGAGUUUAAUUAUGGAUCUGGAGCACAGAAAGAUAAUGUAUGGAAAAAUGAAAGCCUUCAUUCGAAAAUUGAAAACCUUUAAACUCCGACAGGCUGUGGAUGCUUUAACAGAGGGUGGGGUUGAAUUUAGGGCGGGGCCGAGCUGCCUCCAGCCCUCCUAUUUGAAAAAGAAAAAAAAAGGAAAGAAACCAAAACGCAUCAGUGGCAAGUUUAGAAAACAAAAAUCAGGUAUUUAUAGACAGUAAAUAAAGAGAUUCAUUCAUUAAUGAAUCUUCCUUUCAUCGCAAUAGCUGUGGAAGGUGUACUAAUCCAAUGGAGUGAAGACAUUUUGGAAUUACUGUCCUCACUUUAUUCAGGAUCUGCUUCCCUGACCCCACUACAGAAAAUGAAAAAUGGUAUUAAUGCUCUAAUGCUUCAUCAUUCAUUUAACCAUGGAGAUCAGGUAUAAUUUUGUUUAUACCUCCAUGAUUUAAGAUAAUGUAGAAGUUACUGUAUACUCAAAACAACUCUAAAGAGCGCAUGUCAUACAGUAAUUCAUAAUUUUCAUUUUUAUUCUACAUACAGAUGACUGACUACUUUAAGUAGAUUGUAUGUGGAUUGUUUAUUAGUUAUUUGAUUUACACAGCGAAGAUUUAUAUAUCAUUUUAUCUUUUAUUUUAAGAUCUUGAAGUAAAAUUAAUGUACAACCCUAAAAGAGAAUAUUCUGAUUCUAAAGGUCAACUAAAUAGAAGGAAUGCUCUUGAGUUGCUAAAAGAACUUUUUGAAAGCAAAGACAAUGUGUCUUUGAAGGACAUGCCAGAAUUUUGUGAAAUACUAAAGAACCUU